AUGGUCAUCACUAAAACCAAGGUUGGAGGUGACAGAGCGGGAAGAAUAAUUGAGGGGCUUCCCUUUGAUGGGUCCAUUACUACGGAUACCAUAGGUUUUGCGGGUGGACUUUGGCUGUUGUGGAAAAAGGAAGAUGCUGAGGUGAAUUUGCUUGCUUCCAUAGAACAAGAAAUCCAUGCGACCGUCAAGGAGGAGGAGUUUUGGGCCCUAAAAUCCAAAUUGAAUGCUGCCAAUUUUGGAGAUCGAAAUACUGCCUUUUUUCAUGUAUCAACAGUUGUCUGUAGGCACAAAAAUAAAAUUAGAGGCAUUAGAGAUAGGGUGGGGGAGUGGAUAUUUGAGGAAGACAAAAUCAGGGAACACAUUCAGAAGGGUUUCUCUGACCUGUACUCCACGGGUAUGGAAGUGUCUAUGCUCAGCUCUAAUGUAUCAUAUUUCUCUUGUCGAGUCCUUCCGAAAGAGGAACAUGAUAAUUUAGGCAGAGAGGUAUCAAAGGAGGAUAUUAAGGAAGGAUUGUGGGCUUUAAAGGCAUUCAAGGUUCCAGGCCCAAACGGUCUUCAUGCGGGUUUUUUCCAACAUUUCUGGCAUGACGUCAAGCACUCUAUUUGCGCAAAAAUUAAGAACAUAUUUACAUACAGUUCAAUGCCAGCUUACUUGAAUGAAACUCUCAUCACCCUUAUUCCUAAAUGUAAAAAUCUGGAGUUCAUUUCCCAAUACAGACCUAUUAGUUUGUGCAAUUUGAUCUACAAAGUGGUUUCCAAAAUCAUAGUUGGCCACAUUAGACCGCUUCUAAGUAAUCUUAUAUCGCCUAUGCAAGCUGCUUUCAUUCCUGGAAGAAGAGGGUUAGACAAUGUCCUAAUUGCCCAAGAAUUAAUCUAUGCUCUAGACAGGAAAAAGGGGAAGGAAGGGUUCAUGGCCAUCAAGGUUGACUUAGAAAAGGCAUAUGAUCGAUUAGAAUGGUGUUUCAUUUACAAGGUUCUUCAAGCUUUUCAUUUUCCCCUCAAUAUCACCAAGCUUAUUAUGAGUUGUAUCACUUCAACAAGCAUUUCUAUCCUUGUUAAUGGAAGCAAAUUGGAAAGUUUUCACCAAUCGCGUGGCAUUAGACAAGGAGAUCCCCUGUCUCCUUAUAUUUUUAUCAUGUGUAUGGAAUAUUUAACUCAUCUCAUUGAAGGAAAAUGUGUGGAUGGUAGCUGGCUUCCCUUAAAGGCGUCUCGGGAGAAUGUCAGUAUCUCUCACCUCAUUUUUGCGGACGAUUUAAUAUUGUUUGCAAAGGUCAAUAAUAGAAAUUGUGAAGCCAUUUCGGAAGUUCUACAAACCUUUUGCUUGGAAUCUAGGCAAAAAGUGAGCAUGGAAAAGUCUAGGAUCUAUUUCUCGCCCAAUGCUGACCAGAGGAUGAAGGAAAAUGUUUGUGAGAAGCUUGGUAUUCAUGCCACAUCAGAUUUUGGGAAAACAGUCUUAAUAAAAUCUGUCAUGUCCGCUAUUCCUACAUACGUGAUGCAGGGAGCAACUCUUCCAUCGCACUUGUGUGAGAAAUUGGAUAGGGUUAAUAGAAAUUUCCUUUGGGGUACGACAGAUGAGAAAAGAAAGAUUCAUCUUGUUGGUUGGAACAAGAUUCUUAAAUCCAAGGAAGAAGGGGCUUCAAGGAGAAGAGCUAAUGAUCUUGACAGGUUGCCCUCUUCACCAAAUUGGCAAGCUAUUAAAUUUGGUUUCCCUACUUUUGCUAAAGGCAUUGGGAUGAGAAUAGGGAAUGGUGAGAAAACCAGUGUUUGGUAUGAUAGGUGGGUGAAAGGAAAGACCUUAAGGGAACUUAUCGAAGGUCCUCUGCCCCUAACAGAAGUUAGUUUAAAAGUGGCUGAUCUGAUCCAAAAUCAAGCUUGGAACUGGAAUUUAAUUUCUUUUGAUCUCCCACAAGCCAUCAAAGAUUGUAUUAGAGCAACGCCUCUUCAAAUUUUUAAUCAAGGGGAGGAUUCAAUUAUUUGGGCUGAGUCUAAGGAUGGUGAGUUCUCCACAAAUUCUGCUUAUCGUUUAGCCAACUCGGAGCAACCUGUAGUUAACUCCUUCCAAGAAUCCUGGAUUUGGAAAAUUGAUAUGCUUCCAAAAAUAGUGCAUUUCAUGUGGCUUUGCCACCAUAAUAGCAUUCCGGAGGAGACAAUAAUCCAUACUCUAAGGGACUGCAAUUUUGCUCGCAUGUUUUGGGAUAAAAUCAGUGUGCCUCCUAUACUCAGAUGUACCUUUGAUGCAAGAAUAAGGUUUGCUUUGAAAAUACUCCUCUCAAUCUUGUCCUCCAUAAGACAUGUUUUAUUCAGGCUUUGGAGUAUUUUUAUGGAGUGGCGAAAUCAGGAGCCAAAUUCCGAGGGUGACAAUUCCUAUAAAAUGCUGAAACCUCCUAUGAAUUGGCUGAAACUUAAUACGGAUGGGGCAUCAUUUGGAAAUCCAGGAAAGGCUGGUGGGGGUGGAGUGAUUAGAGAUAGUGCAGGCAGAUGGGUGAAGGGAUUUUCAAGGUCUAUAGGACUUGCAACAAAUGUGGUGGCUGAAUUUUGGGCUCUUAGAGAUGGGCUGCAAUUGGCAAACCAGCUGGGUAUUCAAAAUAUUGUAGUCGAACUUGAUGCCAAAAUUAUUGUGGAUAUAUUGCAAUCUAACCAAGAAACAAAUAACUCUUUCUCCCCUCUUCUUAUGGACUGCAGAUUACUCCUAAGGAAUUUUCCUCAGAGCAGGGUGAGACAUGUCUUUAGGGAAGCAAAUUUCUGUGCUGAUGCUAUGGCUAAAAGGGGUGUGUCACAAGCUGAGGAUUUUGUUCUAUUUGAUUUUCCUCCAUCUGAAGAUGUAAACUCUUUUGUAAAUUCGGAUAUGUAUGGUUUGUAUUAUGGCAGACUCACUACUGCCACUACUGCUACAUUGGCCAUUCUGGCUAGCUAA